AACAUCUUUCUGAUCUUUUUUACCUCGAUGUUUCAUCAUCAUUUACUAUAAAUGAUAUAGCUUCAAUGCCUUGGUCUAGCCUUCCUUCAAGUCCAUUAACAAGAACUAGCGGAACUGCUUGCAUUAAUGGAUCAAAUAAAAAUAGAAUUAUCUUUAUUGGUGGACCUGCCAUGGUUGGAAAUAAUUUUAGUUCCAUAUACGAUAUUACGACAAAAUCAUGGAGUAAUAUACCUACACCAGCAAAUUUCAAUGCAACUGUUAUUCAAUACAUUCUUUCAGAAGAUAUAAUAUAUAUCUAUGGAGGACUUGCAAAUGCAGUACUUUUAAACAAUACGUCCAUAUUAUAUAUUGGUGGUAGGCUAGGCGAUACAUCAAACAUUACACACGAAAAG